UCAGUCGUCGUUCGCAAUUCAAUCGAAACAUCGACAACACUUUUAUUAUCUCCUUUACUUUUAGUUUAUUGUUGUUGGUGCUGCCAUUUCGCGUCGUCGCUUUGUGCACACGAUUACCGAAUGCGGUAUAUUUUUUGCUAUUUAUAAAAAAGUCCACCAUAUCUCUCAUACAGCGAAGCAGUAGCAUUAAAAGCAGCGGCAUCAAGACAGUUGCGAAAAAAAAAACAACAAACAAGUCAUUUGUUAACGCGCAAACAGAGCAGUGCAAGUGCUCGAACUGACACAGUCAUCGAAGGAAUUGCAAACGAAACAAAAGGUGCUCAAUAGACUCUUAACACUCUCAACGGUAAAGUACCACCGACGAAACGCAUUAAGUGGUAAGAGCAUCGAAUGAUAAAAAAAAUUAAAGAACACACACAUUUACCAGUGUAAAAAAAAUCGAAAGUGAGUGUUUAAUAUGCGAUUAUUAUUGCGAGAAUAUUAUUGAGAAAAAUAAAACAGUUUGUAAACGAGAUAAAAAAAAAGAGAGAAGACAAAAAAAGGUGAAGAGAAAUAAAAGGAACUAGAACUGAAGGAUAACCGAACAAACUGACAAUUUUGACAAGAAGAUCGGGAAAAGAAUUAUUCCAAAAAUAAAAGAAACAAAAAAGAGCACGGUCGUCGUUGUCGGCAACAUCAUCAUCAGUGGUUAAGCCGUCGCUCCUUAUAUAGUGUACAAUAAAAAAAAAAUCGAAAACAAUCUUUUGGUAAAUUACGCAUAAGACAAUUUAGCGAACUCGAAACACGUUCUGUAUGUUGUUGCCUUUUAUUUGUUUCUCAUUUUUGGAUGCGAGUACGAUUUUACGCUCAGUUUCGAUUUGAAGGUGAUAUGCUCCGGGUGCUAUUCUUGACGAGUAAACAAUAUGUCAUUUAUUUUGAGUGCUGGCAACAUUUGAGAAAAGAUUCUACAAGGAAUUGAGAGUGAAUGAUUUUUUUUUUGUUGUUUAGUUAACAGCUAAAAUAAACACUAAGAUUACAAUCGGUAUUAUUUUAAAGAAAUUUUCAUUAAAUCACCAUUAAAUUGGGUUAAACUAAUAGAGAGAGUGAGUGUGAAAACUUAAAUAAUAAAGACAAAAAUAUCAAGCAAAGGAAGCAUACGAAAAGUGAGAGUGUGAGCUUGGUAUACGGUGAUUGGUUGCGCAAGUUUAAGAACCACCGAACAAAACGGUAUUUAUAAACAAUUCUAUAAAAGAGAUAUAAUAUGUAUGACGCUCAAACAAAGUAGUUUGAAAUUGAAGUGAAUAAAAACACACGCAGCCGCCAAAGCUAAAUAAAUUUGUUAAUGAAAUCGUUGAAACAAGGAAGCAAAGAUAAAUUAAAAAUAAACACGAACAACUCAAAUAGAAGAACAUCGUCAACAACAACAACGACAAAAGUAGCAGCAAUAGCACAAGAGAUAAAAUUAAAAAAAAGAAUGAAUAACGUAGUAUUUGUGUCAUUCCUGGUGCUAACGAUAAGCAUUAGCCAUUUCGGUGUCGGUGUAUCUGGUCAAUACGUUCAAUAUAAUGCGAAUGCUCAAGAAAACCAAUCAGUGGCUGAUAGACGAAUUGAUACGGCCACCGAAUAUGAGUAUUAUGACGAUGUGAUUGAGGACAUAAGUACAACACAAAGUCUACCAACGACAACAACUACGAAAGCGACAACAACAACAACGACCACAAGCACGUCAAAACCAAUCACAUCAUCGUAUCGUAUUUUGACUACCCAUCGAAACGCUUUCCGUCCGAGCAAUUUCAAAAAGAAAUUCGAUGUAACAACAAAACAAUAUCAUGCCGAUAGUUAUACCGAAGCAUCGAACGAAAAUGCAUUUGUGCAAAAGGAGCCAAAUCAAUCGAAGCAAUAUCAACAGCAGCCGCCGCAACAGCAACAACUUGCACCACCGCACUUACGAAAUGCAAUAGCUGACAUCAAUCGGCGCACGAGUGGAAAAGAAUAUGCUCAGGAAAAAUCAUCAUCAACAUCAAUCGAUUCGAAUAAUGUUAACGGCAGUGGUAAUUACUUUUCGAGACGAUACGCGCGGUUCCUAUUCAAACUUCGUACCGGAUAGUCACAUUAAAUACGCUCAUUAAAACCACACAAUGGGUGACUUCAGUGUUGAGCAACAGCAAACAUUUCUCUGCUCUUCUUCAUGUACUAUUUUUUUUAUUUCGUCUGAACUUAUCUUUUUUUUUCUCUGUUUUACUGUUACGGUUUUUUUUUAAUAUUCUUUGCC